AUGUUGUCAAGGACCAUCAGGAGGAGCAUUGCGUCGCCGCUUCGGCGCAAUGUCUUCGUCCCUGCCGCCGCGCGCCCUGCCUUCAGGACCGUCACCACGGAUGCCGCUUCGUCGCACGCCGAGGAGGUGCCGAAGGAGGAUGACAAGCCUUUCGAGGUCCGCCUCUCCGACGAGAGCUUCGAGACUUAUGAGCUUGACCCGCCGGCGUACACGCUCGACACCACGAAGGCCGAGCUGAAGCAGAUGUACUAUGACAUGGUCGCUGUACGACGCAUGGAGAUGGCCGCCGACAGGCUCUACAAGGAGAAGAAGAUCCGCGGUUUCUGCCACUUGUCCACCGGUCAGGAGGCUGUCGCUGUCGGUAUCGAGCAUGCUAUCGAGCGCGCCGACCAUCUCAUCACCGCCUACCGUUGCCACGGCUUCGCUCUUAUGCGCGGCGGAACUGUCAAGUCCAUCAUCGGUGAAUUGCUUGGCCGGAGAGAGGGAAUCGCCUACGGAAAGGGUGGAUCUAUGCACAUGUUCGCCCCUGGAUUCUACGGCGGUAAUGGUAUCGUCGGUGCGCAGGUUCCCGUCGGCGCCGGUAUCGCUUUCGCAAACCACUACGAGAACAAGAAGAACGUUACCCUUGCUCUGUACGGAGACGGUGCCUCCAACCAGGGUCAGGUCUUCGAGGCCUACAACAUGGCCAAGCUGUGGAACCUCCCUAUCAUCUUCGCUUGCGAGAACAACAAGUACGGUAUGGGUACCGCAGCUAACCGCUCCUCCGCCCUCACCGACUACUACAAGCGUGGCCAAUACAUCCCGGGUCUGAAGAUCAAUGGUAUGGACGUCCUCGCCGUCAAGGCCGCCACCAAGUUCGGCAAGGAAUGGUGUGCCGCCGGAAAGGGACCCCUCGUCUACGAGUUCGUCACCUACCGAUACGGAGGUCACUCCAUGUCCGACCCGGGAACUACCUACCGCACCCGUGAGGAAAUCCAGCGUAUGCGCAGCACCAACGACCCCAUUGCCGGACUGAAGCAGAAGCUUCUAGACUGGAGCGUCGUCACCGAGGAGGAGCUCAAGACUAUUGACAAGGAGGCCCGCGCCAACGUCGAUGCCGAAGUUGCUGAAGCCGAGAAGAUGGCGGUGCCCGACGCGGUCCCCAAGGUCCUUUUCGAGGACAUCUACGUCCGUGGCUCCGAGCCUGAGUUCCUGCGCGGCAGAAUUCCCGAGGAGAACUUCUACUAUACCGAGGCGGAUUUGGGCAAAGAGAAGGAGGCUCCUGCCCGGACUUAA